GGGAGGCCGCGGGCGCCCCGGGGCGUGAGCGCGCUGCUGCCCGAGGUGGGGCUCCGCGCGCGGAGGAGCGCAGGGCGCGGCCGAGUCGGGUUUCAGAGCGCGGGUGACUCAGGGCGCGGGCCCGGAGCCGGGACCCUGCCCGCCGCCGCCGAGCGCCGCCUUUGUUCCUCGCUGGGGACUCGGUUCGCCGCGCGCCUUCGGGGGGCUCCGCAGACCCGCGAGAUGGCGCCAAGGAGGAACGGGCACUGCUGGCCUCUGCUGCUGCUACUGUCGGUCCCCGCGCUCCUCCUCGCUGUCCCCGGGACCCGCGCCGCGACAGAUCCGGCUUCCCAGGGCCCCCUGGACCUCACGGAGCUCAUCGGCGUCCCCCUGCCCUCCUCCGUGUCCUUCGUCACGGGCUAUGGUGGCUUUCCAGCCUACAGCUUUGGGCCUGGCGCCAACAUCGGCCGCCCAGCCCGGACCCUCCUCCCUGCCGCCUUCUUCCGGGACUUCGCGGUCAGCGUCACGGUCAAGCCCAGUAGCCCCCGAGGCGGCACCCUCUUUGCCAUCACCGACGCCUUCCAGAAGGUCAUCUACCUGGGGCUGCGGCUCUCAGGAGAGGAGGAGGGCCGUCAGCGCAUCAUCCUCUACUACACGGAGCCCGGCUCCCUCGUGUCCCACGAGGCCGCCGUCUUCUCGGUGCCUGUGAUGACCCACAGGUGGAACCGCUUUGCAGUGACCAUCCAGGGCGGUGAGGUUGCCCUCCUCGUGGACUGCGAGGAGCACAGCCGCGUCCUCUUCCAGCGGUCCUCCCGGGCCCUGGCUUUCGAGCCCAGCGCCGGAAUCUUCGUGGGCAAUGCCGGAGCCACGGGGCUGGAGAGAUUCACCGGUGCCCUGCAGCAGCUCACCGUGCACCCCGACCCCAGGGCUCCCGAGGAGCAGUGCGAAGCGGAGGAGGCCUCGGCAUCGGGAGAGGCCAGUGGGCUGCCGGAUGCAGACGGGGUGGCCGAGAUCCUGGAGGCCGUCACCUACACCCAGGCCCCGCCUAGAGAAGCAGAAGUCAAACCCAUAAGCACACCUCCGUCUUCAUCCCCUCCUUCUGAGGACAUGGAGCUCUCCGGUGAGCCUGUAUCUGAGGGGACCCCAGAAGCCAUCAACGUGAGUGUCAUCCCGCACAGCAGCCCCGAGCAAGGCUCUGGCGAGAUGCUGAAUGACACGCUGGAGGGGGCCCCUUCUGUGGAUGGAGACCCCAUAACAGACCCUGGCUCUGGGGAUGGGGCCUUCGUUGAUGUCACUGAAGAGAAGGGUCCACCCAGUGAAGAAGCUGUAGCAGCAACAGCAGCAGCAGGGGAAACCGAGGCACCUGUCAGCACUGCUGGGGAGGCAGAGGCCAGCAGCAUGCUCCCCGGGAGUCUGGCCCUCACUAUGCCCACGGAGAACCCCGAGGAAGAGGUCACCCCCGGGUCUGGUGAUGAUGAAGGUUUGGGAGCAACCACAGCCGCGGUGGCAGGGGAAGCCGAGGCGGCCGUCAGCACUGCUGGGGAAGAGGAGGCCAGCGGUGAGCCCACCGAAGGACUGGCCCCCUCCAUGUUCACCGAGGGCCCCGGGGAAGAGGCCACUCUGGAUCCGCACAGUGAGGAAGGCCUGACGACUGCAGCAGUUGCAACAGAAGAGCCCCUGAGCACCGCUGAGGAUGAGGAGGCGGGCAGGGUCCCCACGGAUGGGCCGGCCCUCCCCACACCCACAGUGGCACCUGGUGACACUUCGGGUUCUGGUGAGGAAGAAGAGUCAGCAACGGAGGAGCCCCUUCCCAUGGUGGGGGCAGAGGAGUCCGGCAGUGCCCCCCCAGCCGGGCGGCCACUCCCCAUGCCCACGGCAGCUCCUGAGAGACAGGUCACCCCGGCCCAAAGAGGACGUGGGGGAAUGAAAGGACAGGCUGGGCCCAAAGGAGAAAAGGGAGAUGCUGGGGAGGGGCUUCCUGGCCCCGCUGAACCCACCGGGGCCCCCGGACCCACGGUGGGGACGGAGGCUGAAGGCUCUGGCCUGGACUUCGGCUCCGGCUUGGACUUUGGCUCUGGUGGCCUGGUACACGGCGAGGAUCUGUUAAGAGGUCCCCCUGGCCCACCGGGCCCGCCCGGCCCACCUGGGAUUCCAGGAAAACCAGGAGCCGAUGUUUUUGUGGGACCCCCUGGGUCUCCUGGAGAGGAUGGAGCUGCUGGGGAACUGGGCCCCCCGGGCCCUGAGGGACAGCCUGGACUCGACGGAGCCUCCGGCCUUCCUGGGAUGAAAGGGGAGAAGGGAGCAAGAGGACCUAAUGGCUCCAUUGGUGAAAAGGGAGACCCGGGCAGCAGAGGCUUACCAGGGCCCCCGGGGAAAAACGGAGCAGUUGGUACCCCUGGGGUCAUGGGUCCCCCUGGGCCUCCUGGACCCCCAGGACCCCCAGGCCCUGGAUGUGACAUGGGAGUUGGAUUUGAGGAUUUGGAAGGCUCUGGAAGCAUCAGGUUGUUGAGUGAACCCAGGGUCUCCGGACCAUUGCCUUCAAGGGGCCCUAAAGGAGAAAAAGGAGAGCGGGGACCCAAGGGGAACAGGGGGAUGGACGGAGCCAGCAUCGUGGGACCCCCCGGCCCCCGGGGUCCGCCGGGGCACGUUGAGGUCCUGCCCAGUUCUCUGACCAACAUCACCCACGGGUUCAUGAAUUUCUCCAGCAUUCCCGAGCUCAUCGGGCCUCCGGGACCGGAGGGCGUUCCCGGGCUGCCGGGAUUUCCAGGCCCGAGAGGACCAAAAGGUGACACUGGAGUGCCUGGGUUUCCAGGAUUAAAAGGAGAACAGGGCGAGAAGGGAGAGCCAGGCGCCAUCUUGACGGGGGACAUUCCUCUGGAACGGCUGAAGGGGAAGAAGGGUGAACCUGGAGUGCACGGGACCCCAGGCCCUAUGGGGCCCAAAGGACCACCAGGACAUAAAGGAGAAUUCGGCCUCCCUGGACGGCCUGGUCGUCCCGGACUGAACGGCCUCAAGGGCACCAAAGGAGACCGAGGGGUCACAAUGCCGGGCCCACCUGGGUUACCUGGUCCCCCAGGACCCCCUGGACCCCCUGGAGCUGUGGUUACCAUCAAAGGAGCUGUUUUCCCAAUACCUGUCCGGCCCCACUGCAAAACGCCUAUUGGCACCGUUCAUCCUGGGACUGCAGAACUCAUCACCUUUCACGGUGUUAAAGGAGAAAAAGGCUCCUGGGGCCUUCCCGGCUCAAAAGGAGAAAAAGGCGACCCGGGGACUCAGGGGCCACCAGGCCCUCCCGCUGAUCCAGCUUACCUGAGACACUUCCUGAGCAGUUUGAAGGGGGAGAAUGGACACAGCGGGCUCAGAGGAGAGAAAGGAGAGUCCAACGGCCACUUCUUUGUGUCUGGGCCUCCGGGCCUGCCGGGAAACCCCGGACUGGUUGGCCAGAAAGGGGAGACUGUCGUCGGGCCCCAAGGACCCCCAGGGGCUCCUGGCCUGCCUGGGCCACCUGGCUUUGGAAGACCGGGCUCCCCUGGGCCUCCUGGACCCCCGGGGCCGCCAGGACCUCCAGCCAUCCUGGGAGCAGCUGUGGCCCUUCCAGGCCCCCCUGGCCCUCCAGGACAGCCUGGGCUUCCCGGAUCCAGAAACCUGGUCACAUCAUUCAGCGACAUGGAUGACAUGCUGCAGAAAGCACAUUUGGUUAUAGAAGGAACAUUCAUUUACCUGCGGGACAGCACGGAGUUUUUCAUACGGGUCCGAGAUGGUUGGAGAAAAUUACAGCUGGGGGAACUGAUCCCCAUUCCUGACGACAGCCCGCCACCCCCCGCGCUUUCCAACAACCCACAUCAGCCGCAGCCUCCACUGAUGCCUAUUUUAAGUACCAAUUCUCAGAAGCCUGCACUGCACUUGGUGGCUCUGAACACGCCAUUUUCUGGGGACAUCCGAGCCGAUUUCCAGUGCUUCCGGGAGGCCAGGGCUGCAGGGCUGUUGUCCACCUACCGAGCAUUCUUAUCCACCCAUUUGCAAGAUCUCUCCACGGUUGUGAGGAAAGCAGAGAAAUACAGCCUUCCGAUAGUGAACCUCAAGGGCCAAGUGCUUUUUAAUAACUGGGACACGAUUUUUUCUGGCAACGGAGGCCGGUUCAAUGCACAUGUGCCCAUAUACUCCUUUGAUGGCCGAGAUGUAAUGACAGAUCCUUCUUGGCCCCAGAAGGUCGUUUGGCAUGGCUCCAGCCCCCACGGGGUCCGCCUGGUGGAUAACUACUGUGAAGCGUGGCGAACCGCGGACGGGGCGGUCACGGGAUUCGCUUCCCCGCUGAGCACGGGGCUGAUUCUGGGCCAGAAGGCCUAUAGCUGUGCCAACAGCCUGAUCGUUCUGUGUAUCGAAAACAGUUUCAUGACCGACGCGAGGAAGUAACCAUCUUCCGAAGAUUCAUAAGAGUUUUCCCAAUUUUCUUAUGUGAAAAGUUGACACUGAAAUUUUAAAAGUGUUUAAAUGUUGUAAAUAUUACAGCUUUUUAUCACACAUUCGUCACGUCAACAACCAAAGAAAACAUACCUCAGUACACUCAAAAUUGAAGACAUAAAGGACUCAGAUCAAAGACAAAAUCUGAUCCGCAUGCUGGUGCUAGAUUCUGUGGGAAAGCCCCACGCGGCGUGACGGGAAUGCUUUCCCACACAGGUUGAGAGCAAGUCGGAAACAAAGGCAUGGCGCUCUGCCCACCGCGUUCCUUAGAGAGUCAUUUCCUCCUUUUUGCCAUUGUUGUUGAGUGUAAGACGUCCUUCAUGUUUUCUUACAAAUUCAUUUUUUAGAACCGUUACCCCUUUCUAAGUUAUAUGCAGACCAAAUGCUUCAUUCUUUAACACGCACCCAUCGUUCGGAACCGCUGUCCACACGGAGAAACAGAGCUGUUCAAAUGAUCCUACUUGUGUUUACUGAUAUUAUCGGACUUUAAUUUUUUUCCCCCUAAAAUUUUACUGCCAUCAUGCUUUAGGAGAUGUUUAUUUUCAGAUUUUAGUACGGCAUCUGUUUAUAUAACUCUGACUUGUUGGGAAAACUGAAACUCCAAAUUGUCUGAAACUAGAAAACAAACAGCACACAAUUAUCUUUCCCUUGCUGCCCCCCCACACCCUGAUUUUAUUACUUCAUUUGUCAACUCCAGAAAUAUAACUGCAACAUUUACUGAAACAAAAAGAUUUGUAGGGAUGAAUUUUCUAAGAUAUGUGUAUCUCCAUGCUGUAUGCUUUGAUUUUUUUUUUCCCUUGUGAGUGAACAUAAAAACAUCUUUUCCAGGUGCUUUCUUCUGUUUGACUUUUCUUUUCCCUAGUUCCUUUAUUUCCCAUACCGAUCUGGAAGUUGACCUGGGAUGGCCUUGCUAAUCACGUCACUGUGCUUGUGCUACCCCUCAGGAAGCGCUCAGAGAACAAGUCGAUUUUUGUUUGUAAACAUUAAUUGAAAUUUCAUUUAAUUUAAAAGUAAUUAAAAAUUUUAAUUGAAAAAGA